UAUUGCCUUGUACUGUAACUGUACUAAACCAGCAAGUUUAACAACUGAUGUGAGUUAAUGAUUAAAAGGGGGAAUACUUUCACGAAAAGCUUUAUCAAAUACGCAGUACUGGUACUUUAUUGAUUUAGAAAUACAUGUAGGACAUGGAAGAUGGUAAUAGCAAGUUGUGCAACUAAAUCUGGUAAUAAUCAAAAUGGAAGCAAAGGACUCUGAAAAAACCUCAACAGAUGAUGGCCUCAGUAGUCAUGGCCUAAAUCCAACAGAUGAUGGCCACAGUAGUAAUGGCCUAAAUCCAACAGGUGAUGGCCACAGUAGUAAUGGCCUAAAUCCAACAGGUGAUGGCCACAGAAGUAAUGGCCUAAAUCCAACAGGUGAUGGCCACAGUAGUAAUGGCCUAAAUCCCACAUCUGGUGACAGUGGAAUCUCCAACAAUGAAGAUUUUUCUCUGGUAUCAGGUGGAGGAACAAGUGAUUUUUCCUUAUUAGAAACCUCAGAAACUAAAGAAAGUAAUGAGGAUGAACCCAGUCAAACUACUGCCGAGGAUACUAAAGUCAUACAUAAGGAAUUCAAUAAGUCUAACUCUACUGAAAACAUCUCGAGACACAAUGGCGUUGAAGCCACUCAACCUACUGAAAACAUCUCUGAAGUUAAAGACAAGAACAGGAGAGAAUCCACUCAUUCUAGAACAUCAAGUGUAAACGACUUCAGUAUACUUGAUGUAGAUGAUAUUGAAGAAGAAUCAGAUGGAAAAAUCAUUGCAGGGGAUUUGAAGAUAUCUCUUUUUAGUCAAACUGAAAACAAAGAUCAUCGUCUCUCUAGUACAGGUCAUUUAAUAUCUAUGAAUAGACCAACAGAUAGUAAUGGUCAUGAACGUUUUGAACUAGGCUCUAGUUUUGCUGUUUUAGAGGCCCCUAUUAGCAGUUCUUACCCAUCAUCAUUUGACAAAGUAAUUGACAGGACAAAGGUACACAUUUUACCACCAAAAAACAGUGAGGAUGCACAUUUUUCUACUUCUGUUGAUAAAGAUAGUUUUGCUGUUUUAGAUGCCCCUAUUAGCAGUUCGUACCCUUCAUCAUUUGACAAAGAAAUCGACAGGACAAAAAUACACGUUUUACCGCCAAAAAACAGUGAUGAUGCACAGAUUUCUAUUUCUGUUGAUAAAGAUGGACAGAAAAUUGAAAAGAAAAAGAUUAUGCAGGGUGGCAUUGUAGAAGUUAAUGUACACCGUGAAGAUUGGAAAACCAAUGGAAAGCCAAACAGUAUAGACAGAACAGACAAUGAAGCUCAGGAAGGUGGAAACAGAGGAGAAACGAAAGACUUAUAUGUAAAAGUACAAACAAAUCUUAACUCUCUUCCACAGGUUGAUCUGACACUACAGAAAACUGAUAACAGUAUUUCUUUUGAAAAUAAAGAUACUCAAAAUGCUCCAGAUACAACUAAUGCAGCCAGCAUUGAUAACAACUCAGACAAGAACAAAGCAGAGGCAGUUAGAGAGAGCUUGACUGCAGAAACUGAUAAAGUUAUGGAACUUGGAAAUCUAAAGCAAAAACAGAAUAAUGUUGAAGAAAGUGAAUCCCAAGUAACUCAACUAAAAGUAGAAGGGGCAUCAGAUUCCUCAAAAAAUGGUAGUACAGACGAUGACUCUGACUUCUCAGUGGUUGAGGAACCAGUAGAUAAUACAAGUAAAGUAUCCAGACACUUUGGGAAAUCAGAUAUUGACAGUGAUAUACCAAGUAGCCAUUACACAGGUCCACGUAGUCGCAGUAGCACUAACACAAGUUCUGAGAGUAUUGAAAUAAACAUGAGUGAACCUGAGUUAUCUGAUGAUAGUAAUGGCCAUAAUGAACAGAAAACAAGUUCUAAUUCUGGAAAUGAAACUUCUACAGCAAGUAAUGCUCAUUAUGUUUCUAAGCUGUCCAGUGGCUUCUUCGAGUCUGAGCAAUCAGGUGUUUCAGGAAAGCCUAUAGGAACAGAUAAAUCAAAUGAUGACACAAGGUGCUUGAACGAUCCUACAGAGAAUUCUUUUUUGUCUAAAUGGCAAGAACAAGAAGCUGAAUCAUCAGACAAUAGUAAAGAUAAAAACAUGAUGGACAAGUCUUUUGACAACUGCAGCAUUCCUUUCAAGUAUGAAAGAAAGGAAGAAAUUGAGAAUGAGAAACCUGAAGAAAAAGUAGCUGAUUUCAAUGGAAUUAACCAUGCUCCUGAUCUUUCAAAGGUAACAAUGGAUGAAAAUGGAGGAGAUAUUAAGUCUAGCUCUAUGAAAACAAAGAAGACAGACAAUUUCUCCUUAGCACAAUCAGAUGUGGAUGAAGAUGGAGAAAGAAAUGGACAAAAACAUCCUGAUAUUGGUGACGCUACUAGUACAAGUACUGAACAUGAUACAGAGUCAAACACAAAAGAUGGAACAGAAAAUGAGCAGGGAAAGAAAACACUUGAUGGAAAUGUUACAGAUCUGUCCUUUGUCAAGGUUGAUAUAUCAGAGACAGAUGAUAAAUGUGGCAGACCAGAUGAAACCAUCAAUGAGAAUUGGAAAGAAGAGAUGCUUUUUGAUGAAGAGACCUUAGCUGUAAAAAGCAAAGAUGGCAGGUUCAUGGAUAAAGUGGAAAAUAUUGGUCAGACGUCUGAUGAUGUGCAAGGAAAGAGAGGUAGUGUAUCUGGAGACAGUUGUGGAAGUGAAUCAAGUGCUGGCUCAUCCUCUCCUGAUGUGUGGAAUCCAAGUGGUGGGGAGAAAUUUUCUGAAGAAGAAGCUGUGGUUUAUGAGAGUUUGAGGAGAACACAUGGGAUGAAGUUGUCGAGAAACUAUCAGUGUUCCUCUAAACACAAAUCACAUGAAGCACAAUUUGAAAUCUUGGAAAUACCAGUCAAAGAUGAUCUUGUUUCUUCAAAAUGGAGAUAUGUUUUAUCUAGGGAGGAAAAAUUGAGGACAAUAUUAAAAGAGCAGUUUCCAGAUACAAAAUUUAAUUACGAUGAAUCUUUCGAAAGGAUUGAGUUAAUUAAAUAUGAGAUGACCAAAACUGAAGAGGAGGCUCAUCAAUGGUCCAAAAAUGUCAUGAAUGUGAUUGAAAAUCAAGUUAGAAAAAUCAACAGUUACCUUAUUUGUUGUUGUUCAGGGGAAGAUGUAGAAAUGAUAAUGUUACAGAUGAAAACAUUUCAUACGUCACAUAAUCUAGAUAUUUGUAUUGAACAUAGUCUACAUCCAGAAAGUAAAACAGACAGACUUAUGGUGAUUGGCCAGCCCACUGAAGUAGCUUCUGUUAUACUGCAGUUAGAUCCUAAUAUAGUCAAGAUUUAUGAAGCAGAAGAAAAUAGUGUUGUUUUGAUGGAUCUUCUUAACAUACCAUUAGAUGAGGUUCAGCAUGAUGUCUUCAUUAGAUUUAAAGGUCCAAAGUCCACAAAGACAACAUUUCCAAAUAUUUAUAUGGAACUUAGGGGAAAAACCAUACAAAUUUUAAUACAGGCAAAGGAUGAGAAAAAUUUAAGUUCCUUUAUGACUGAAAAUUGGCUUAGAUUUAAACACAGAACUAAAAUUCAUAUGAAACCGCAAGAAUUUACUCUCUUAUGCAAGACAUCAGUUAAGGACUACAUUGUGGAUGAUAAGCUAAACACACUUGGCUUCGACUACAGAUGGAGCUUUGUGCCAGAUGACGGAGACAUAAUCCUGUUCACGGAAAAUUUUGACCAGUUAGAUGAAAUCAGAGAUGCUAUUUUUGGUUCAUUUACCGAACACAGAAUUAAUCUUGUAACAGAUCCAAGCGUAGGGGAUGUCAGGAAGAUGGAAAAAUGGACAGAAAUAGUUGAUGAUGUCAAAACCCAAUCAAAAGGUAUGGCUGACAUUGCAAUCAAUGAUAUGCAGACAUGUGUAACUAUAAUUGGAACUGAUGAUCUCAUGGAAGCAUGGAUAAAGUUUGGUAAUUUUACUUCCAUGGAAAAGUACAUAGACGAGAACAUAAUACCCACUAUUAAAGCUUCACCUGGUUUAUUUGAUGAACAAAAACUUGUAAAGAAAUUUGUUCAAAUUGAUAGUGACAGGCUUGAAGGAUUUGAUAAACAAACAAUGGACGAAAUACACAACAUUGCAAACAAUCUCAAAGUUGAACUAGUCCAUACUGACAGAGGAUUUGAAGUUAAGGGCCUAGAUGAGUCAAAGGUUAAGAACAUGUGUGACCAACUUCUGGAAUUCAACACAAGAGACCAUAACAGACAAAACAGGGAAGCAGUCAUAAAGAGAUUUGUAGUGAUGGAUGUGGCCCACGUUGACAAAGUGUGUCAACAGAAAGUACAAUGUAUGGAGCACUACAGUAAAGAAUUAAACAUUGAAUACGACCCUACUAAUCUUGGAUUUGAAGUUAAAGGUAAAACAGAGGCCAAUGUCAAGAAAUUUUGUGAUUACUUAUUGGAACUGGAAAAAGAAGUUGUAAGAGCUGAAAGGGAAAUAUCAGAUGAUAGAAACAAAGUGGACGUUGAAACCGAAGUCAAACUAGUAAAGAGAUUCGUACAGAUGGAAGAUGAAGAAAUUGACCACCUGUGUAACCAUAAAUUAACAGAUAUGAACAAUUGUGGGAAGGAGCUGAAUGUCAGUUUUGAUCCAACAAAUCUAGGAUUUGAAGUUAAAGGGAAGAUUGAAAAUAAUGUUAAGCAAUUUUGUGAUUAUUUGAUAGGAAUGAAAACUCAGAAACUUAAUGAAAAUGAUAGAGAUGCAACUGAUAAAACAACUAGAGAGGAACAUGUUGGCAUAACACCACCAAAAGUUACAGAGGAAUUACUGGACCUUCCACUCAACGUCCCAAGAAAGUUUACUCAAUUAGAUGAAAGAGUCAUACAUUAUAUUGACAGAUUUAAAGUAGUUGAAAUAGGAGAAAUAAUCACUAACCUUGAUGUGGAGUAUAUUAAAAGCAGUUUAGGAUUUGAAAUCUAUGGAAAAAAGAAGGAAAAUGUCCAAACAUUAGAAGAUCAUUUACUGCAGUUAAACUCACAAAUAGAAAUAAGAAAUGUUGAAAAUGUACCUAAUUUGACAGAAGAUGACUUAGAGAAGUUGGAAGAGAAGUAUAAAUGUAUCAUAAAGAUCCUGAGUGAUAAAGAGGAGGAUUCUAAACAGUUAUCUGAAUCUGAUUUAGCAGAUGAGGCAGUAUGGUGUGUGAAUGGUGUUAAAGUAUCAGUUGCCAUGAAAGAUGCUGACAGUCUGACAUGUGAUAUUAUAGUCAUUCCAAUGGUGGAAGAAACUUCAGGAAAGAAGUUUGUCUACCAAGAAAAAUGGACAGGUGAAGAAGUCCAAGUUGCUGUACCAUUGUAUACAGAAGAAUUUGGAAAAGAAAAGCAUGAACUUACCCAGUUAUUAGUGGAUUUGUUGUUUGACCUGAACAGAAAUCAGUAUAACACAGUGGCAUUACCAGUCAAAACAUUCAAUACAUGGCCAUCUACAAAACUGACCAAAAUAAUGCUAGUGGCAUUAAAAGAAUAUCUACAAGAACUUGACCAGAACAACAUACAGAAGAUAUAUUUAUGUAGCACUGAUCCAGAAGUUUGUCAGAGGGCUAUCUCUGCCAUGGAGUUAGCAAUACCUGACUUACAGAGAGUUGGUUUUACAGCAGAUGCUAUAAAGAAACCUAGAAAAGAUAAACAUGAUUAUCCAAGCAUCCAACCAAUAGAUGAAACUCCAGAACCUGAAAUAUCAGAGGUCAAUACAGAAGAUGCCACCCCUGAUCCACCAGUUAUACAACAUACAAAGGAGGACACACCACAAUUACAAGAGGAAGAGAUAAAACCUAAAAUCAUUGUCAUAAAAGAUUUAAUUGCAAAGCAGAAGGUUGAUGUUAUUGUCAAUUCAACAUCUCCAGACUUUGAACUAAAAAAUGGUGCAGUUUCUAGGACCAUUUUGGAUGCUGCAGGAAAGGAAAUACAGAAGGAAGUGAAGAAAAGUUCACGAAACAUUGUUCCUGGUCAGAUUGUAGAAACUAGUGGACAUAAAUUGCAUUGUAAAGCUGUAUAUCAUGGGUGUUUACAGGGAUAUGAUAAAAACGCACACCCAUUUGAUCAAAGAUCUGCUAAGAUUUUGACAAGUUUUAUUGGUGGUUGCUUGCUAAAUGCUCAUAGGAAAUUCUUCAGAAGCAUUGCAUUCCCAGUCCUGGGUGCAGGUGCUCUUGAUUUUCCACCUGAUGUUGUCGCUGCAAUGAUGAAGAAAGAAGUUGAAAAUUUUGGAAAGAAAUAUGGACAUACCUCAUUAACAGAAGUGAGGAUUGUGGUAUUCAAGGAUGAUGGAAUCUAUACAAUCUUUAGAAUGAUGGCUGAGAAAUACAACAAACCAAGACUAGUUGAAAUAUACCAAGAACCUGUAGUUCAACCUUCUGCUGUUGCAGCAGCAAAAGCUCCAGAGCCACUAAAACAGGACCCAACAACUUUACUCCAGGAUCUACCAACACAAGGACUAAGUCUUGCCCUCAAUAGGGUAACAUUAUCAGCUGGUCUGGGUGAUGUCACUAAACUUGAAGGAUUUGACUGUCUGAUAUUACUGUGGCCUCAAGAUGAGAUUAAAUCAACUCCAGUUGAUAAAGAAGUCAUCCUGAAAUCAGUUGGAAAGUCCUCUUUAACAGACUGGGAAGAAGGCAAGGAAAUAUUAAGUGGAAGUAAGAUACUUGUGACCCCUGGUGGCUUUUUGCCACAAACAACCAUUAUCCAUGUAUAUGUAGAAAACCUAGGCCUACAACAUGCUUUUAUGUUAGGACUAGCCAAGGCAGAGGAAAUGAAAAUGAAAAGUGCUGUUAUUCCAGUUAGACCAACAGAUUCCUUAGCUAAAGAUGUUGGAGAUUUUUCAGCAUGCAUAUACAGAGCAGUGACUGAAAUGAAUAACAGGUUACAUAUACUGAGACAUGUGAAAAUUUGUAUUGGUGGAAAACAUUUGUGUCAACCUAUCCUAGCUACACUUGCUAAACUACAAGAAACUGGAGGUCAGCAUUUUGAUCAGACCACUUGCACUGUAGAAAUUACAGCUUUAAAAGAUGACAUGGAAAACAUAAUGUAUGAAAUUAAUCCAAAGACAGAAGCUGAAGAUCUAAACAACCAAAAGGAUGCUGGAAAGGCAGAUGAGGAGGAAAUGAAAAACAAAACCUUAACCAAAGAUGACAUGGAACAGUUUAAACAACCAUCUAGACGAUUCCUAGUUAAUUUAUGUGCAGAAAUAAGUUCAGAUGUAAUUCAAACUGCCUUACAAACAAACCAGUUAGAACAAUUGAAAUUAGGAAUAGAAAGAAUAUCAGAAAAGGUUAUGAUCUCUGAGGAUGAUGGGAAAUGGGAAGUUUAUGGAUCAUAUGCACAAAUUGAAAUGUGUCAAAGUUACCUACGAGAAUUUUGUGAAAAUGAUGUAAUGGAAGAUUCAACAGAGCCAACCGAUGGAGAAAUUAUCAUGAAAGUCAAUAUAACAAAGGAUUUAUAUCAGGCACUGCUGUUUUUAGAAAAAAGAAAACUCUCAGAAAUAACAGGAAAUGCUAAGUUGAACUUUAUAGAUGAUGCUGGAUUAUUAGAGAUAUCUGGACACAAAAUACCAGCUCAUGUUGAAAAACAUAUCCAGGAACUGCUAAGCUUAUUCCAGGCAAACAUGGAAAUGGAUAUGGUAGAGGUACCUUAUCGACAAGUACAAAACAGCUCUGUUACAAAUUUUAUUGUUAAAUUGCAGACAGACCAUCCUGAUGUGUAUAUUUAUACUAAUGAAGGGAAAGAAGCAGAGUCUGCAUUCCCUGUAUAUCUUGUCAGUUUGAAACGUGAAGACAUGGCCAGUGCAAAGAAAAGUAUCCAAACGGAAUAUUUAAAAACAUCAACUAGAGCUGGAAGAUUUACUCAGUCCCAGACAAGAGAUAAAAAUAACAGCAAUGAUAAAAAUAUGAACAAUGGGAACCCAAAUAAGUUUAACAGAAGUUACUCUUUUGAAACCAGGAAGCCAACUCAUAAAACAUAUAAAACACAAGAGGGACUUGUUAUUCAUGUUUAUAUGGGCAGCAUUCUUAACCUUGAUGUUGACUGUAUUGUAAAUGCAGCCAACAGCCAUUUAAUGCAUGGAGGAGGAAUUGCAGCUGUUAUAGCCGACGCUGCAGGAAAAGGCUUUAAUAAAGAAUGUUACGAUUAUGUUAAAAGUUACGGUGAUAUCCCAACAGGGCAUUGUUGUGUUACAAAUGCUGGAAACCUUCCUUAUAAACGUGUAAUCCAUGGAGUUGGUCCACAUUGGUCUAAAGGCAAGGCUGAUGAAUGCUGUGACCUUCUACAGAAAACCAUUGAGCAGUGUAUACAGACAGCUAAUGCUCAUCGCAUGACAUCUGUAGCAAUACCAUCUAUCAGUGCAGGUCUUUAUGGAAUGCCUGUAGAACUAUGUGCCAAGUCUUAUGCUGUAGGCGUGAUGACGGUCAGUGCUAACCGAACUGGUCACUGGUCCCUGAAAGAGGUCCAUUUUGUUGACAACAAGCCAGAAAUGGUAUUCAUGGUUCAGAAAGCUUUUUCUGAUAUCUUUGAAAGUUCUGAAACAAGACGACAAAGAAGUGUUGAUGAAAGUCUGCAAACUUCUGUGGAUCAGUUUAGAGGAGAUUCAGCUAUUAUUGACAAACUGAACAAAAAUGAAUCUUUGACGAAUGCUGAAGAAAUCAUUCAUAGCAAACCCACUGAAAAGUUAAAUUCCCAAACUAAAAGUACUAAUUUGACUAUUAGCCAAAGUUCAGUUGACAGUUACACCCUUCCAAGAAGUUCUGACCUACCUGCAUCAUGGAAAGUUACUGUCAGGACAAAUUUAAUAGAAAUUGAAACUGGUUCCAACUUGAAAGUAUAUGUAUAUGAAGGUGACUUUGGAAAACAGAUUAUGGAAUCAAUAGCAGUCGGUCAGGAUAUAGAUUAUUGUAAAAAGAGCAAAGUUGUACAGUCCUUAAGAGAUAGGGAAAAUGUUAAAGCAAAUUUGGACCAGCUGAAAUUGCAAUUACCAAAGCCAACAGUCGGAACUGUUGCAAUGUUUGAGGCAGAUACAGAUAUUUACCUACAAAAAUAUUUUGUAGUCUUUACACCACAAUAUCAACAGCAGGGAACAACAGAGGAAAGUAAGAAGUUCCAGAAUAAGUUGUAUGGCUGUUAUUUAAAGAUAUUUCAAGAGGUUGCCAACACAAAAGACACAGAGUUUCUUGCAGUAUCAUUUCUAAAAACAGGUAAUAGAGGCACAUCAUUUGAAGAAGGUGUUAAUGUGUUCCUACAUGCAGUUGAUACAUUUACAAUCAAUAAAACACCAGAAUGUAGGCUCAAACAAAUCCAUCUUAUUGUAAAUAAAGGCACAAGUGCAUUUCAGAAAAUCCAACAAGUGUUAGAACAAAAUGUUAAAGACAGCAGUUGUUUAAAACACAUCCAUGAAAAAGUUGAUAAAAGUUAUUUGAAAAUGGUUGGAUGUAAAAAAACAUGUGAUACACCGUUGAAAGAGGAGAUGCCUUCAGAUGACAAAAACAUGGUGAAAGAAUCUGAAAACAAGGGAGAUAAACCAGAGGAGAAAUCUGAACCUGAUGAUUGUGCAAUCUGUUUGGAGGAGAUACAAAAUGAUACCAAGAAAACGUUGCACAAAUGUAAACAUGUGUUUUGUAAAGAGUGUAUAGAUGAGUGUUUCAGACAUAGACCAGUUUGUCCAACAUGUGGAAUGGUGUAUGGUAUUGUCAUAGGAACCCAGCCAGCUGGAACAAUGAAAGUUGAACAUAGGCCACAUACACAUUUACCAGGACAUAAAAAACAAGGCUGUUAUAUGAUAACUUAUAACUUCUACAGUGGCAAACAAACUGCUGAACAUCAAAACCCAGGAAAGCAGUACAGAGGGACAAGUCGUAUGGCAUAUUUACCUGCCAAUGAGAAGGGUACCAUGGUGAUGAAGUUACUAAAGAUAGCGUUUGACAGGAAGUUGGUGUUCACUAUAGGUCAUUCAAGGACAACAGGAGAAGAGAAUGUUGUCACCUGGAAUGAUGUCCAUCAUAAAACAAACAUGAGCGGAGGGCCUCAAGCGUUUGGCUAUCCAGAUCCUGAGUAUCUAGACCGAGUGUUAGAUGAGUUAGCAGCCAAAGGUGUAACCAAAGAGGAUUUGAAAGACUAGGCAACAAUAGAAAAAAAUAUUGAUGUUUGUAAAUAUGUUAUAAAUUUUGAAUUUGUUUAAUAUCAUUAUAGAUGACUUUAAUAUUUUUUCCUGUAUUUCAUAGAUAGAUUUUUUUGGCAAAUAUACAAUCAUGAACUGUUUUUUAUGUCUAUGAAGCAAACAUUUUGUUUACUGGGAUAUUGAGCAACAAGAUAAUGAAAUAUAUUAAAUUGGAUAUGUAAUGAAGCAUAAACUUCCUGUUAUUUUUUUUAUGUCUAAUUUAGUUGAUGGGGCUAAAAAAAAAAAGCAUGUUACCAAUAUUCAGCAGGCAUUCAAAUUUGAUAUGGUGAUUCAAGUUAAAGACAUUUGUUUAUUCUAGUUUGUUAUUAACUGUUACCAAUAAUUGAUCUGUGAUAUUUAUAACCUAAUUGUUGUUAAAAUUGAAUAUUGAAAUACAUAUAUCUGUUGUUGUUUUCUUUUAUUUGUUGAUAUAUUUUGUCUAAAAGGCAUUGUUUGAAUGUAUGUAUUGUUAACCUGCUAUAGGUAGUGAAAGGCAUUGUUUGUAUGUAUUGUUAAUCUGUUAUAGUCAUAACUUGGUCAUCUUUGUCAUUAUUUAUACUUAUCAUUUCAAUUUUAUCUAAAUCAGAUUGAAAAACACAACAACAUCCUUAAGGAGGAGGUGGGGGAUACAGAACACCUAAGGGAGUUAACUCUUUAAAAAUCAGCUUAAGAAAAAUCAAGUUCCUCAAUGAGAAAUUAGUUUUUUGUCAAACUGCUAUAUAUCCAAUGAAAAGGUUCCUUUAAAUAGUGCCGUUCAAACUUCUAGAAAUUUUUAUGUUUUUGACAUCUGACAGGUCAAAAGUAAAUAUUUUGACAAAAUUUUAUGAAAAUCAAACAAGUCAAAUUGAUUUAAGUCAAAGUAGUACCCAUGAUCAGUUUGAGGGUUUAGACAAUUAUUUUAGGUGUCUUGUCUCAUUCAAUGUCACUGAAUUAUAUGGAUAUUUUUUAAUGUUAAAGAAUGUUGCUUGAAUACUACUUUUUAAAACUAGUAUUGCAUUACCAUUAAUAUACCAGGUGAUUUGCUGGAAGUACUUUCAAGCAGCUUUUUUGUGAAAGCAUGGAUUUGAUUUUUAAAAUAAAGUACCAUUUUGUACAGUUUAAUAUUCAGUUUCAUUGGAAAUAAAACUAUAUUACUGCAAUGACAAACAUUUUGAACAGAUAUUUAGUUUUUUGUAAUUCAUGUAUUACUGUAAUGGUAUGUUUUGUAGUUUAACUGUUGAAGUUGUGAUGAGGUUUGUUUCAGGACAACCUUUUAUGGUAAUAAAAAAUUUGAUAUUUGCAGUUGUAUCAGCAUUUGUAAAUUUCUAAUCUUCACAACAAAUGUUUUUUGUUUUGUUUCACCAAAAUUGGUUGAUUUCACAAUAUGUCCAUAAAAGAAUGAUUCCAUAGUCAAAUGAAAUCUCGCCAUAAACAAUUUUAUUAGGAUAAAAGAAGAAGUCAGGUACAUAUCAAUGACACAGUAACUCAGAGACACGAAUAACCAAUAGAGGUCAGAGACCACAAUUGUUGUCCCUUGAUUUUCUUUUUUCACGAAUAUAGUCCCUAGUGUUAACAGUGGGUUACUUGCCAAUAAUUUGUAUACUCCUUCCAAAUUUAUUUCUCCAUGUUUAAUGCCUCAAAUUGUAAGUAGGGGGGUGAAAUUACACUGUAAAAAAAUUUGGGUCCAGAAUUUUACAGGAAAGAAGUGAUUUGGUCCAGCUGAAAAAGGUUAAAAAUUAGUACUUUGGAAGCUGUCAAAAGAUUUCAAGACACCCUAAACACAAAAUUGUCCAUAUUUUGAGUUAGAGACGAUGAAGUUUUCUAUAAUUUUGAUAUAAUUUGUCCCAAAAGUAGUACAACACGUUAAAAAAUUCAUUGAGAAAGCGCAGGUGGGAUUUUUUAAUUUUCAUUUAUGUUCUAAAAGAAAUGCACUACAAAUUAAUUGUGGUCUCGGACCAGAUCUAGAGGUGAUUAAAGGUUAUUUAUUUCUAACAUACUUCUAUGCCUCUAGGUGCAGGAUUUUUUGCUGUAUCUAAGACCCAUUGGUAACCUUGGUCUGUUUUCUGCUUUUUGGUCAGGAUGUUCUCUUUGACACAUUCACCUUUUCCAUUCUUAAUUUUAAUACAACGCAUUUAAAGAAAUUGAAAUAUAGCUGUGAUGAAGUAAUUAAAAUUGCAGGACUGAAGCAAUAUGUAUUGUAUACAGAAUUUACUGUUCAAAGUGAGGGAGAUAAUUCUUUUUUUACUAUAAAGGUUGUGGUUUGCAAUACUUUAUACAUAUAUUUUUAUUGUUUUUUUUUGUUUUUAAAUCAUUAGUCAUUUGUAUUAAUCCUGUUCAAAACAGAUAGUUACAUAAAUAUAUAAUUUGGUAGAAAAGUAUUGUAUAGUUUUUCAAGUACAUGUAUCUAGAAAAUUUAAAAAUAAAUAAUAAUUCCAAUCAUUUAGAUGUUAAUUUAAGAUGUUGAUUUAAGAUUUAUAUGUUAAUUUAAGAUUUAGAUCUUAAUUUAAGAUUUGGAUGUUAAUUUAAGAUUUAUACAAUUAGAUGAAUAAUGUUUUAUAUACAGUAAACUAAGAAGUUAUUGUGUGGACUUUUUAUGAUGAUUUUCAUGGGUAAAAUGCAAGAUUUAUCAUUGCAAUUUUAAGAUUACUUAUCUUCAGGUAUAUGCAUAGGUUAUCAGCAUGCUAGUUCAUAUUGUUAAACCACCCAGCCAUAUUUUAAGUCAUAACAAAAACCUUGCAAUGAUUUCUGAAUUUACAAUAUAUGUAUUUUGUCUCGUCUGCCAUGAUAGUUGCUGAAUAGAAAUUUAGUUGUACUGUUUGUUUUGCAGCAUUACCAAGGGUUUAAAUGUGAUACGGUUACACGGACGAGACAUCUCUAUUAAUAGUUCAUUAAGUAUAUUUUAAGUGUUGGCAAUUAUGAAAAACUAAUGUAAUGUAUCAAAUACUAACCAGAGUUUUCACAAAUAAAUGCAUGUGCCUUUAAUAUAUUAUUUAAAAAAAUAAACAUCUCAUUUUUCCAUUAA